UUGGAUUAAGGUAUUACUGAUAUUGACGAAUUGCGUGUGUAGGAAAGAACUACCGAUCAGUGGCUACGAACGACAAUGCUGUCGCUAAUGGUCUUGACAUGGGCUGUUUUCCUACCAACGGACGCCGUUGGCACACAUUCCGAUCCCAGGAUUAUCGGCGGUCACGACACGAAUAUCACCGAUCACCCUCACCAGGUGUCCGUCUUGUAUUUUAACAGCCAUUUUUGCGGCGGGUCCUUGAUUUCCUCCAAAUGGGUCCUCAGUGCAGCCCACUGCACCCAGCGCUUCCGCGUUGAAACUUCGAUCUUCAAAUAUUCUAUUCGUCUGGGCACCCAUCACUACAACUCCGGCGGCCAGAUUGUCCCGGUACUCAGGAUAAUAGACCAUCCUCUCUACGGGACUUUCUAUUUGCACUUCGACAUCACCCUCCUCGAGAUGGACCGAAACGUGGGCGACGGGGUUACCAUCAAACCGAUAGCACUCCCUCAACAAGGCCAGGAUAUACUACCGGGCACAACCGCAGUCGUCACUGGCUGGGGAACAAUGACUAUGGGCUUCUACCAUCCUCCGGAGCAACUGCAAGAAGUGUUCGUCCCAAUCGUUAGCUUCGAGACGUGCAGAGCCGCCUACGGGGAGCAAAUGACGACGAGUAUGAUCUGCGCAGGGUUCGCUGACGGAGGCAAGGACGCGUGCCAAGGAGAUUCGGGUGGACCUCUGCUCGUAAACAAUGAACUCGUAGGGGUGGUCUCAUGGGGAGGUGGGUGCGCUCUCUCCGGAAGACCUGGAGUUUACGCGAGCGUGCCGGCUGCGCGCGACUGGAUCAGAAACGUCACCGGAAUAUAGGAUCACCCUUUUUAUGUAUUUGUAUUUUUUUAAAAUAAUUUCGUCCACCUCACACGUGAAGGUGGCCGAUGCAAAAUGGUUGGUUUUAAGAAAAGAGCGUUCUAAAAAAAUUUGUUUUAAUUGUUCCAAACUAAAACAAUCGUCAUCAAAU